CGCCGGGAUGACGUAGGUUGCUAUCGCGAGGGUAUCACGUUUAGCUUCUCGGCUUAUUAGCCAUUAGGCCGCCAAACGCUCGAUUGGGGGGACCUCGACCUUUCCUAAUGUUUCCCCCCCGGAGAAACUAAACGUCUCCGCGCUCCCGUUCGACACCUCCGACGCGCGUCCACAAGGCAGGAAAUUAACAGCGGACCUCGCGUCGGGCGCCUUCCAAUGAUGAGUUAUGCCGACAAACCUGAAGACAUCACGAAAGACGAGUGGAUGGACAAAUUGAACAACGUCAACAUUCAGCGGGCGGACAUGAACCGGCUCAUUAUGAACUACCUGGUGACCGAGGGAUUCAAGGAGGCGGCCGAGAAGUUCCGCAUGGAGUCCGGCAUCGAGCCCAGCGUGGACCUGGAUUCUCUGGAUGAAAGGAUAAAGAUCCGGGAGAUGAUCCUGAAGGGGCAGAUCCAGGAAGCCAUCGCGCUCAUCAACAGCCUGCACCCGGAGCUGCUGGACACCAACCGAUAUUUGUACUUUCAUCUCCAGCAGCAGCAUUUGAUCGAGCUCAUCCGGUUGCGGGAGACGGAGUCGGCGCUGGAGUUUGCCCAGACGCAGCUGGCCGAGCAGGGCGAGGAGAGCCGCGAGUGCCUCACGGAGAUGGAGCGGACGCUCGCCCUCUUGGCCUUCGACAACCCCGAAGAGUCGCCCUUCGGGGACCUGCUCAACAUGAUGCAGCGUCAAAAGGUGUGGAGCGAGGUGAACCAAGCCGUGCUGGACCACGAAAACCGGGAGUCCACCCCGAAACUGGCCAAGCUCCUCAAGUUACUGCUGUGGGCGCAGAACGAGCUGGACCAGAAGAAAGUCAAAUACCCCAAAAUGACUGACCUGAGCACGGGAAGCAUCGAGGACCCCAAGUGAAUCCCCGAGCGAGGAAGACCGCCGGGGUUUGUUUUUUUUUGUUUUUUGUUUUUUUUACGGCCUCCUUUUAAUUUAUCAUCAUUUGUUUGCUUCUGGAUAACGUGCUAAAACUGGCUUCGGGUGAAGGUUCUUGCCCGAACCUGCCCCCUAUCGACUUUGUUGCGUUCAAACGGGACCGUCUGAGUUAGCGUCGUCCUAUACGGCGGUGCCUUGAGAUACGAGCGAUCCGACUCGCUAGUUUUUGAGAUACAACUCAUCCCUUCGACCGUUUCUCGUUGGGUUUUUCCCCUUCUUGGGAGGAAAAAGCGGCAAAUCCAGCAGAUCGUGAACAAUUUCAAAGAAAAGUCUUCAAGCUGUUCGCCAAUUUCACUUGUUUACUGUCAAACUAAACAUCAAACAAAAUAGAUGUGUGUGUAUAUAUAUAUAUUUUUUACCAAACCACAUAAUUUUGCUAGCUCAGUGCUAACACACAAUGCAAAAUGCUAUAGCGCUGUUAUAACACUUUAAGCUGUAAGAUUUAUGCCAGAGAUGCGGAACAACGUGGUAAAAAAUUCUGCCGCUCAAAGUACUAAUGGUACUAAUCGAUUUUUGUAAACGCUGCCUGGCAGGUUCAAGUUUCAGCGAACAAAAAGCGCCGCUCAGGAUCACUGAUGUGUUUUACGUGACCGGUGCGGCGGUCUGAGCGCUCCCCCUGUGCUGAAUAGUCUCCUUGUGAUUAAUGCUCAUGCGGUACUAACAGGGGAACUCUGGAUACGUAGCAAACUCUUAAUGUGAAAUCCCCGGUCUCAUAGUUCCCCUUCUUCUACAUAGAGGGAGCUAACAUACGUUAUAUCCGAACUAUGUAGAGGUAUGUUUGUUGGGUUCGUCUUUCUGAGACCACAGCGAACAUGAACACUCGGCGACAAAUUGUCAAAUGGCACAUGUUGAAGCACGGGCGGGGAUGUUUCAGACUGGCCGGAAGUUUACAAACUAUACUCACAAAGAGACUUUUCAGCACCGGGGAGCGCUCAGACCGUCACACCGGAAGCGGCGGUGCGGUAUCACCAGGACCUUCAACCCCGGAAUUCCGUGGCAUAACCCCCAUUGGUACUGGAAGACAAACAGUGGGGCAACACACGUAGAGCGAUAAUAAACCUAUGCACAGGGGCACAUAUUCUUUUAUCUGUUGUGAAAAAGUUUACCGUAAUUCCCGUGCUACAGGGCGCACCUGGUUAUAAGCCUCACCCAGUACACUUGUAAAGGAAAUACCAUUUGGUACAUACAUACACACAGUAUAUUUGGAAAGGAAAUACCAUUUGGUACAUACAUAUGCCACAACUGUGUAAAAGUCGCAAGUGCCCACAUUGAAACACGAGAUAUUUACAAAGACGGUACACAGAGAGUUUAACGCUAGCGUGGCUAACGUUUGUGCCGCCGUGCUAACGUUGGCGCCACUCCGUGUGCUAAUGCUAACGCUAGAGCCGCCACACUAACAGGGCAGAUUAAAAAUAAAACAUACUGGUAAAAAUAACUGAGACACAACAGUAAAACAGUAGUGCUGCGCUAACAGGGCCGGACCGGUAAAAUUCACUUCCUCGGCACACAUAUUCCACCGGUCUCACGCUUUUCCUUUACCGCUCGAGUGCCCCCUUGCGGCGGUUCGAAAAGUUGCACCAAUUAAGCUGCAUCCCCGCAUAAAGGGCAGGGUUGAAAGCGGGUGAAAAAUUUUUUGGGGAGCGGAAAUUACGGUACUGCAGUUUCCUGAGCCAGUUGCGAAUCUCUUCUUCACGGCUCCUGUCUGUAUUAUACUGCCCCCAAGUGGCCAAAAUGCGCACGGCAGAAGUUGCAGCACAAUUUCCAUAGAUUCUAAUCGAAAAAUUUGGGCAAAACGUUUUGAUUCUUUACUUUCUGUUUGAUAGACUGUACUAUAUAUUUUGUAAUCAGAGAGUUAUAGAUUUUAUUUUAUUUUUUUUUUUGGAAUGGAUUAAUGGCAUUUCAAUGGGGAGGGGAAUUUAAGAUCAAAUCUCAAGGCACUGCUGUAUUUUGAAUUAUCGCUAUUUUCCAUAACUUCAGAAUUUCAGCAUGGUAACAUUUAUCAUUUUGUGAUCAAAUCAUUACUACAUGAAAAGUGAUUCCGUUUGUAAAACGCUGGCGUCACUUUUUUUUUGCGCAAAUCCGUCACGGCGACGUUCCGAAACCGGCCUUACCCGACCCGCUAUCCAGGACUGGCGCAACAGCGUCUACGUACAGUAGAAUAUUAAAUAUUGCGUUUCCUUUUCACGCGUCAUCGAGACCAGACUGUAAAUUUGCUGUAUGUACAAAGUAACACUGAAGUACCGACACUGUUUUUUUUUGUUUUUUUAGACAAACGUGGCGUCGACAAAUACGAGUCGCUAUUUUCUACGUUUGUGUUGCUCAAAAAUACGUCGAGUUGUGGAAGUAUUUAUUUGUCGACGAUCUGCGUUUUUUGCGAGCUGGCGGGAGGAAAAACUGCGAGGUUUUAACCAGGAAACAAAAAAUAUUUUAGACUGAGCCUGUGCGUGCGUGUGUGAAACUGCGAUGGAAUCUAAAUGUAACUAUAUCGAAAUUACAACUGAAUAUACUUUAUUUUCUUUUUGUAUAUUUGUCAAACUUUUUAAAUUGCAUGUCUUUUUAUUUCGCGCGGGAAGGUCACUUGUUUGUUUUGUAUCUUUUUUUUUUUUUUUUGGAAGUAAAGCUGCUAGUCGUCCACCUUUUAAGUUUUGUCGACCUUUCCAGCGCUCGCCUCGCUUUUAUUAAUCCACAUUUCUAAGAGCGGAUUUGCAAAUAAACAUAACUUUUUGUGAAACAUUUUUGUG